CACUCCGUUACAAGCAAGCUGGUCACAAACGUAUUAAUGGUAAUGGACCAAAUCUGGCCUAAAUCCCAGGUCCUUGACAAGUACCUCACCCACAAAGAAUAGAACAUCCUUUUUCGCAUUAUUUUGAUGAAUAAUUUACGCCUUCGUAUUAUUUUAAUAAAAACUCUACCGUGUUAUUUUAGUGAUUCAAUUUCCGCCUUAAGCGCACUGUUUGUUAUUUUAGGUUCUCGGAUAUGGCCCACUCAUAAACCAGUAUCCUCCGAUUGCAGAUCAAGCGAUCUUACAAACACUGCGGUUGCAGCACCGGAAGCCAAUUUGAAACCUUAUUUCAUGAAUUUAAUUCACUUUCUGCCUAUUUCAUUAAGCAUGAUGACGAUGCAGCCACCCACCCUUUGUGUAAAAGUAGGUACCGCGUCGGCAGUUCCGUUUGGUAUACAUAUAACUGAAUCUUCUGGCAUCACCAGAUCUGUGGGAUACCACAGAACAGUACAUCAACCUUCUUACGAGUGUUCUCUAUUGACGCUGAUGUGCAGUGGGCCAGCGGUGGUCCAAGCUUUUACUGUAGGCAAGAUGGCAUUAAACAGCAAUAUGUCGGAUAAACUUGGAUUUGUCGGUGUCAGCUCAACCUUUGACUGGCACACAAAAGACCCGGGCAAGUUUCUGGAAGCUGUAGUCCGAGGAAUCUUGGGCAAUGUGAAGAACGCGUUCGUUCAGUCCUUCACUCCUGGAAGUCUCACACUAAGGUUGGUUGCCACGGAUAAAGAGGCCGCUGAUGCUCUAAUAAAGAUGUACGGGUUAAAGGAAAUGCUAAGAAAUCUUAAUGCAGAGAUAGAAGCUUAUUCUAAAGAAUUUAAUGAGGAUCUCGGUAGAAUUGAUUCUGUGUCUUUGAUCAACUACAACGAACGCAAUAUCGAAAUAGAAAAAGUUGAUGAAGUUAAACUCCAAGCUUAUUCCUGUUUUCAAAAUAAAUCAAAGAAGGGCGAGGUGCCCCGGCAGCCUAUUUGGGUAAGUCCUUCCGAAAUCAAGUUAGAAAGAGACGACGAUGCUGUUCUCGGGUGUGGAGGCUUCGGAUCUGUUCUUCGCUGCCGGUUAAAAAAAGUCGGUCUCUGUGCUGUAAAGUGUGUUGCAGCAAGUGGUGGAUUUAUGCAAACAAAGAUUGCCACAGAAAAGUUUGAAAUAGAAGCUGGUAUAUUUCUUAAGGCCGAUCACGCAAACAUUGUACGGGUGUAUGGGAUCACAAGCUGGGUCGGAUCAUUCGGUAUCAUCAUGGAGUAUAUGGAAGGAGGGAACUUAUCGGAGCUUAUUAAUUCAGCACGAUUACAAAAUUAUCAAGUUCCGUUCGAUCUGUUGGUUCGGAUCUUGCUUCAAGUUGCAAACGGGGUGGCGUUUCUGCACCAUAUCGGAGCAGGCAUGCAGAUCGUUCACGGAGAUCUUAAACCUUCUAACAUCGUGCUGAAGGCCGACUUCACAGCAAAAGUGACCGAUUUUGGAGGGGCGAGUCUUCGUACAUAUACUGGUACAAACGAGAUCGGUCGUACAGCUGAUAAUAAGCAGCAGCACAGUCUAGCCUACACUGCUCCUGAACGAAUCAUGCAGCCAGAAUUUGCAGCCACCAAAGCAUCAGAUGUUUAUAGUUAUGGAAUGAUCGUCUACGAAUGCCUAAGCGAUCUUUCACCAUAUUGUGGGGUGCCUCUUGACGAAAAGAUUUGGAAAAUCCUAUUGAAGAUAACAAAUAAGAUGAAACGACCAGCAUACGACCGGAUCAAUAGCAAGAAAGAGCGUUGUAGCGAAGAACAACUGAAUUUCCUGCUUUUACUUGAAAAGUGCAUGGAAAGCUGCUGGCAGUACAAAAAGGAUGAUCGUCCAAAAAUGAUAUCAGUUCGAGAUGAUCUUCAAGAGCAUUUUGAUAAAAUACCGAGGAAACAGAUCUUAAAAAGUGUCGUCGAAGUCUCCUGCCACCAACAACCAAUUAGACGCCCCCUCAAAUCGUCUACGGAGAGGAUACCCAUCAACCGUUUGUACUCGCCUUACUUUCGACCAUCGGACGCCCGAAAAGAUUCUUCGACGCCCACACAACCUGAUGGAAACAGGAAGAGAAGAUUGGAAGGGCAGUGCACGGGGCAUCUUCAGAAAGUUUCGAGAGAAUUAGCCGGCCAAGCAUCCACAAGCAAAGCAGCAUCGAGAAACAAGCCGCAUUCAUUGAUAAGAAAGAUAGAAACCACAAUGAAUGCUGAUGCCAAGGUUCUUGAGGCCGCGACUCGAGAAUUGUGCCAUGCCCUGAAGGCCCUGCGGAAGGGGGAUGAGGGAAGAACGUGCUCGGAUGACAACCUUGUUCUCGUGCGGGAAUUGAACGACUCUUCCGAAAACACAAUGGAUGAGCAGGAAUAAUUAGCUUAUCCGUUACAUAUAUAUAAUAUGAACCCGAGCUUCACAAAAAUGAGCAGAUAUGUUAAUAAGAACAGUUUCCUUGUGAAAUUGUGAGGACCAUAACAACUGGGGUUUGCUCUGUAAUCUCUUGUCCGCCGAUAUAAACAGCGUUUUAUUGUAAAACAUCUCAUCCAAAAUUGUAUCCCAGAAAAAAAAUAUAUGUAUGUUUAUGCUGCGUUUCAAUCGCUUGAUUUCGCACUUUGAUAUGACAUUUCGAAAUGUAUUUAAUUGUUUUUUCACGACCACUUCAACUGCUUAUAUGAACUCCUUUUUAAUUUAAAUAGACAACGAAAAACUUUUAACAUUAAUAUAUUUAAACCAGUCAGAGUUGUCAACAGUGUAAGCUCCUUUCCUUUUCAAACUGUUUGUAAUUUGCGUAUACAUGUACUUGUGUGUGUCUCUGCAUACUUUUGUGUAUACAUGGAAAAUAUUAGACAGAAAUAAACUUCGCUUUUAUGCAAA